AAGAUGUAGACACAGACAAAUUGGAAGUCCGCGUGGUGGAUGGUCCCAAUAAAUGUUCUGGGAGAGUGGAAGUGCUUCACAAGGACGUCUGGGGGACCGUGUGUGAUGACGGCUGGGAUUUAAGGGAAGCAAAGGUUGUAUGCAGGCAGCUGGGCUGUGGGACAGCACUAUCAGCUCCCCGAGAGUCCAAAUACGGAGAGGGGAAGGGCAAAAUCUGGUUGAGCGACCUUAAGUGCACAGGGAGAGAAGCUUCCCUUGCUGAAUGUAAGGCAAAGCCAUUGGGAGAAAACAUCUGCAACCACGUGGAAGACGCCAGUGUGGAGUGCUCAGAAGAAGAAAUAGCUGAGUCAGGGCCAAUCCGGCUGGUGGGAGGCCCGAACAGAUGUGCUGGCAGAGUCGAGGUGCUCCAUGAAGAUCUGUGGGGGAGCGUGUGCCAUGACAGCUGGGAUAUGGACGAUGCCCAAGUCGUGUGCAGGCAACUGGGCUGUGGGGAUGCGGUGCUGGCCCCAAUCGGAGCCAAGUUUGGAAGAGGAACUGACACCAUCUGGCUGGAUGAUGUAAACUGCAAUGGGACAGAAAAGACCAUCGCCGAAUGCCAAGCGAGGCCAUGGGGGGAACACAAUUGCUACCACGGGGAAGACGCUAGCGCAAUUUGCUCAGACUCUGGGAUCACCGUCUCCACCUCUGUCCGCCUCGUGGAUGGCCCGAGUCGCUGCUCGGGGCGAGUGGAGGUGCUGCACAAGGACGUCUGGGGGACCGUGUGCGACGACGCCUGGGAUAUGAGGGAAGCCAACAUCGUGUGCAAGCAGCUGGGCUGCGGGAGAGCGCUGUCGGCUCCCCGAAAGUCCAAGUACGGAGAAGGGAAGGGCAAAAUCUGGUUGAGCGACCUUAACUGCACAGGGACGGAAGCAUCCCUCAUGGAAUGCGAGGCGAAGCCAUUGGGAGAAAACAUCUGCAACCACGUGGAAGACGCCAGCGUGGAGUGCUCAGUCAUCUGGCUGGACGAUGUAAAUUGCACGGGGACGGAAGAGAGCAUCUUCGACUGCCCGGCCAGGCCAUUGGGCGAACACAACUGCUAUCACGGAGAAGAUGCUGAUGUUAUUUGUGCAGUUAAUAAGAACUUGGAGGAGCUGGAAGAACAUGAGACCUCCACCGGCCCCCCCAGGCCAUGA